AUGAUUUAUUUUCUCCCGCCGCCUCGUCCCAGAAGGCAGCCUCGGAGGGCGGCUCGCCUCGGCCCGGGGGAAGUUUGUCGCGCGCGGCGGUGGCGGCUGCUGCUGCUGCUCCUUCCAGCGCGCUACUUCAUCUCGCGCCGGGAACGAGGCGUCGCUCCUCCGACCCGCUCAGGUCUCCGGGCCGAGAGAGCGAGAGAGCCGCGCCCGCCCGCCCGCUGCUGCUUCCUCCUCCUUCGCGCCGGCGGGGGGGGGGGGCUCGCUCGCCUUCCGCGCCCGAAGAAAGACCCGGCCGAGGGGCGGCGCGUGGCCGGCGCUUCCUCGCUCCCCCGGGCAACCUUCGCGGGAGCCGCGCGGCGACGACGAGACGGCAAGCGCCGCUGGGGAGCAGGUGGUGGCCCCGAAGCCGCGAGCCGCCCCUUAGCGCCGCCGCUCCGGCCUCCGGGGGAAGAUGGGGCAGAAGUGGCGGAGUCCGAGCGAGGCGGAGCAGGGCGCCUCCUCCGAGCAGGAGGACCUGGGUCGGCGACGAAGCCGCAGCGCCAGCCGGGGCAGGUUUGCCGAGUCCUGGAAGAGGCUAAGCUCCCGCCAAGGCUCCGCCAAGCGCGCCGGGCUGCCCUCGCAGCCGCCGCCGGUAAGUGCUGCCCGGAGCCCCGCCCAGCUCGAGGAAGCGGCGCCCGGGCUGGCGGGACGCGUCGGGGGACCAGGCGCCUCGCGGCGGCGCGGCUGCCUUCGGGGCCGGAGCUGCUUGGCGCGCUCUGGGGCUGGGCUGGGCGGGGAAGAACCGGCCCCCCGAGCGCGUCCCGGUCAGAUGAGUCGGGGGCCUCGUCUCGCCUCCCCGGGCCAGUGCAUUCGGCCUCGGGAUCCUUGAGUCUGUUGGCGCCGCCACACGGGCCCCCCGGUGCCAACUUCCCCGCUGUCUCUCGCUUCCUCGGCCCCGGCGAGGGGUGUUCGUGUGGGUUGCAGGUAUCGGCAGGGCGGAAAAGUCAUGUGCAGGAUGGGAAGUUCAGCCUCCCUCUCCGAGAGAAAGAAAGUGCCCCAAACUCAGCAGAGAGAAGUGAAAUUCACUUGUUGCUUCUUGCCUAG